AGUUUUUUGUAGCACCAUAUUAUUUCAAUUAUUUUAGUGAGUAAACAAACGCUUAUUCACAGUAAGUGAGAUUAAUAACUAGAGCAAGCCUCUCCCUUCUUCCUAAAGGCGACGACGAGAGUCUUCCUUGCCGCUUUCAAGAGGCAGGAGCCACUAUGGUCGAGGCAAUUGUUUCAUUUGGAGUAGAAAAGCUUUGGGACCGACUGACCCAAGAAUACGAGCAAUUUCAAGGAGUUGAAGAUCGAAUAGCUGAACUAAAAAGUAAUCUAAACUUGUUAAAGUCCUUUUUGAAAGAUGCAGAAGCCAAGAAAAAUACAAGUCAGAUGGUGCGACAUUGUGUUGAAGAGAUUAAAGAAAUUGUUUAUGAUACGGAGAAUAUGAUCGAAACGUUUAUUCUCAAAGAAGCAGCCCGAAAAAGAAGUGGCAUCAUCAGGCGUAUCACAAAACUAACUUGCAUUAAAGUGCAUCGUUGGGAAUUUGCGUCCGAUAUUGGAGGCAUAAGUAAGAGGAUCUCUAAGGUGAUUCAAGACAUGCAUAGUUUUGGAGUACAACAGAUGAUUUCCGAUGGUAGUCAGUCUUCACAUCUACUACAAGAAAGAGAAAGGGAGAUGCGACAAACGUUUUCUAGGGGUUACGAAAGCGACUUUGUGGGGUUGGAGGUAAAUGUUAAGAAACUGGUUGGAUAUUUGGUGGAGGAAGAUGACAUUCAAAUUGUUUCGGUAACCGGGAUGGGAGGUCUUGGUAAAACCACCCUUGCAAGACAAGUUUUUAACCAUGAGGAUGUUAAACAUCAGUUUGAUAGACUCGCAUGGGUGUGUGUCUCACAAGAGUUUACUCGGAAAAAUGUAUGGCAAAUGAUCUUGCAGAAUCUAACCUCUAGAGAAACGAAAGAUGAAAUCUUGCAAAUGGAAGAAGCUGAACUCCAUGAUGAACUCUUUCAGCUAUUGGAGACAUCUAAAUCAUUAAUUGUUUUUGAUGACAUAUGGAAAGAAGAAGACUGGGGCCUAAUCAAUCCAAUAUUUCCACCAAAAAAAGGUUGGAAGGUGUUGAUUACAUCUCGAACAGAGACUAUCGCAAUGCAUGGAAAUAGAAGAUAUGUCAACUUUAAACCAGAAUGCCUAACUAUUCUAGAGAGUUGGAUACUUUUCCAAAGAAUUGCAAUGCCAAGGGUAGAUGAAUCAGAAUUCAAGGUUGAUAAGGAAAUGGAAAUGAUGGGUAAGCAAAUGAUUAAAUAUUGUGGAGGACUACCAUUGGCCGUCAAAGUGUUGGGAGGGUUGUUAGCUGCAAAAUACACUUUUCAUGAUUGGAAACGAUUAUCUGAGAAUAUUGGAUGUCAUAUCGUGGGAAGAACCGAUUUCAGUGACGGUAACAACAGUUCAGUUUACCAUGUAUUGUCUCUGAGCUUUGAAGAGUUGCCUAGUUAUUUGAAGCAUUGCUUCCUCUACUUGGCCCAUUUUCCAGAAGAUCAUAACAUAAAGGUAGAAAAAUUGUCUUAUUGUUGGGCUGCUGAAGGAAUAUUAGAACCUCGACAUUACCAUGGACAGACUAUUCGAGAUGUUGGAGAAAGCUACAUAGAGGAGUUAGUGAGGAGAAAUAUGGUUAUUGCCGAAAGAGAUGUUACGACUUUGAGAUUUGAAGCUUGUCAUUUGCAUGACAUGAUGAGAGAAGUUUGUUUGUUAAAAGCCAAAGAAGAGAACUUCGUUCAAAUCGCAAGUAUCCUCCCUCCAACCGCAAACUCGCAAUAUCCUGGUACAUCUCGCAGAUUUGUCUCACAAAAUCCUACUACAUUACAUGUUAGUAGAGAUAUAAAUAAUCCAAAACUUCAAUCUCUCCUUAUUGUAUGGGAGAACAGAAGAAAGAGUUGGAAGCUAUUAGGUUCAAGCUUUAUAAGGUUAGAACUACUGAGGGUAUUAGAUCUCUAUAAAGCCAAGUUUGAAGGGAGAAAUUUACCUUCUGGCAUUGGAAAGCUCAUCCACUUGAGAUACUUGAACUUAGAUUUGGCUCGUGUAUCUCGUCUACCUUCUUCUCUAGGAAACCUAAGGUUGCUGAUCUAUCUAGACAUAAAUGUAUGCACGAAAUCUCUAUUCGUGCCCAAUUGCUUGAUGGGGAUGCAUGAAUUAAGAUACCUUAGACUACCAUUUAAUACGUCGAAGGAGAUAAAGUUGGGACUGUGUAAUCUCGUAAACUUGGAGACCUUAGAGAAUUUCUCAACAGAGAAUAGCAGCUUAGAGGAUCUUCGUGGUAUGGUAAGUUUGAGGACUCUCACCAUUGGUUUAUUUAAGCACAUUAGUAAAGAGACUCUGUUUGCAUCAAUACUUGGGAUGAGGCACCUGGAAAAUCUUAGCAUAAGGACACCAGACGGGUCUUCAAAGUUUAAAAGGAUAAUGGAAGAUGGAAUCGUAUUGGAUGCCAUUCAUCUAAAACAAUUGAAUUUGAGGUUAUAUAUGCCAAAGUUACCUGAUGAACAACACUUCCCUUCUCACCUUACAAGCAUAUCUCUAGAUGGUUGUUGUUUGGUGGAGGAUCCGUUACCGAUUCUAGAGAAAUUACUUGAGUUGAAAGAGGUUCGUUUAGACUUUCGAGCUUUCUGUGGGAAGAGAAUGGUUAGCUCGGACGGUGGGUUUCCUCAAUUGCACAGGCUAUAUAUAUGGGGAUUAGCUGAGUGGGAAGAGUGGAUAGUAGAAGAAGGCUCCAUGCCACGUCUUCAUACUCUGACUAUAUGGAAUUGUCAAAAAUUAAAGCAGCUUCCUGAUGGUUUGCGAUUCAUCUAUUCUAUAAAAGAUUUGGAUAUGGACAAGAAAUGGAAGGAAAUAUUGUCAGAAGGAGGAGAAGAAUAUUACAAAGUCCAACACAUUCCUUCUGUUAAAUUCGAAAAGGACUACAAAUAAUGAGGUUCUACAAUAUGCAGUAACACACUAUAUUCCAGGCGGCUCACUUGAGAGGCGAAUUUCUUAUCAAAUUGGUCAUCUGCCUAUCUACACAAGAUAAUCUUUUUUGCAUUGUUGUAAUGAUUUUAUUCUGUAUGUAUAUUCAGACUUACGAUUUAUGUGAAGAAUAUCAUGAGAGAAGAAUAAAAGUACUUUGUGCGUCAUAGCAAUAAUGGUUUUUAUGUUUGUGGACUGAUGAUCAGUCAAUUACAACACUCCUUUUAUUGUAUAGUUCCUAAUGAAAACUGUAUAAAAGCUUUAGAUAGC